UAAGGUUCUGCAUGGUCUGUGCACGCGCCGCGUUCAGACAAUAAGCUCCGGUUUCUCAUCUUCAUCACAAGUCCAGUUUAACGGCAGGAUGGUGGACAGUAUUUACCGCACGCGCUCUCUCGGUGUGGCCGCUGUCGGCCUGCCGGAUCAGUACGCGGACGGUAAAGCGGCUAAAGUGUGGCAGCUGUACAUCGGAGACACGAAGAGCCGCACGGAGGAGUACCGCAGCUGGGUGGUGUCUCUGCUCAAACAACAGGGCUGUAAGAUGGUGCUGGAUGUGGCGUGCGGCACGGGUGUGGACUCAAUCAUGCUGCUGGAGGAGGGGUUUAAGGUGGUCAGUGUAGAUGCCAGCGAUAAGAUGCUGAAGCAUGCACUCAAGGAGAGAUGGGAGAGGAGGAAAGAGCCAGCGUUUGAUAACUGGGUAAUUGAGGAGGCUAACUGGCUUAUGCUGUCCGAGGACAUUCAGAAGCCAGGAGACGGAUUCGAUGCAGUUAUCUGCCUGGGGAACUCAUUUGCUCAUUUACCAGAUUUUAAAGGUGAUCAGAGUGAUCAGAAGCUGGCUCUGCAGAACAUAGCCAGCAUGGUGAAACCUGGAGGAAUCCUGAUCAUCGAUCACAGGAACUACGACUACAUCCUUGAGACAGGAAAAGCUCCGCAGGGCAAGAACAUUUAUUACCAGAGUGAUUUGAAACAAGACAUCGACACAUCUGUACUCUGGGUGAACAACAGGCCCACCAUGGUGACACUGGACUACUCGCUGGAGAUCUCACAACCUGAAGGAUCACAGAAAGCACCUGAGACAAGUAAAUUCCGCUUGUCGUAUUACCCGCAUCGGCUGGAGAGCUUCAAGGAGCUUCUGAAGGCAGCAUUCUGUGGAAAGUGCAAGCAGAAAGUAUAUGGUGAUUUCAAGCACUAUACUCCAGGACAAGGAGAAGCUCCUUGUUAUUUCAUCCACGUUGUUGAAAAGACUGCUUAAGUCAAUCUUUAUGACCCAAAAUUUUAUCUCUGCUAUUGCCUCAUGCACAUUUUUUCUGCUUCAUUUGCCAUUGUUUUUAAUGGAGGUCUGACCUUGGAAGCUUUCCACGACAACAAAGGCAGAGCUGAAGACACAACACAAUGCUGCAGAUCAUCAGAAUGUGGGAAACCCAAAGAGUACUGGGGCUUAAAUGCUUAUUCACCAUGGUGCAUCAGGCAGCUUGUGUGUGUGUGUACGCGCGCAUGUGUGUGUGUGUGUGUGUGUGUGUGUACGCGCGCAUGUGUGUGUGUGUGUGUGUGUGUACGCGCGCGCGCGUGUGUGUGUGUGUGUGUGUGUGUGUGUGUGUACGCGCGUGUGUGUACGCGCAUGUGUACGCGUGUGUGUAUGUGUACGUGUGUGUGUGUGUGCGCGCAUGUGCCACUGAGUAUUUUGUCCAUUUCGCUCACCCAACAGCAUGAUAAUUGUCCGAUUUCUCAGCUGGAGCUACGGUUAUUGCUUUUACUUAAACUUAAACUUUUAUAAUCUUGUUUUAAUUGUACAUACAUACAAACCACACUGCGAAAUUUUGAGUCCACAGCUACAUCCCUUAACCUGAAGCUGACAAAAGGAAGUUGUGUCUAGUUUACUCAUCCAGAUCUUCCGUUGAAGUCAACUAGAAAGGCUUUUACAAAUAUGACACUUUACUUUGCUUUUCAUCUAGCUUUACUACUGACAGUCUUUUGUUUAUAAAGUCGUUGCUGAACUUUUAUCUUACUAACAGACUGGGCCAGAAACCCAAAAAUUCUUAUUACUCCCUGGAGUCUGAAUAAGUACAAAGUCUGUACGCAUAUUUUCUUUAAACAUUGGCUGUUUGUGUAUUGCGUCAACAGUGACCUUGAAAGGUUUACUCCACAAUGAAUGACUUUAAUGUUUCCCAACAGUUACUAAAUGUUGCGGUGUAUUCUGAGUGGAAAUUCACUUUGGUUAAAAGUUUCCUACUCUUCUUUGCUGUUAGUGAGAUUUAGCACUCACUCAUCUCUAACUAAAGAGAGUGAUGCAGCAGCGCUUUAGACUCUCUAUCCUCUUCAUCUGUACAUUCUGAUUCCUUCCAAAGUCUGAAUUUUAUUGCUUAUACCUUCGUCAAAGGCGUCGCACUUGUCAUCACAUACGGCUGAUACACAACUAGUUGACCCGAGUCGCUGUCGUAACUGCACAACUGCACCUAUUAACCUACAACAUUAGAGAGGCUCACAGUUGUAAACUUCUCACUGGAUUAAUACAGAACUGGAAAAUACAGUAGCAGCUGUAUCUAAUGCAUCAGAAACAUUUCUAUAAAAGCGUUUCAUGGUGGAAUUUACCUUUAAGAUUGUGAUAGCGUUUACAAAGCUCACAGUCUCCAUCUGCUGGACCGAUCAGUGAUUGGAGUCUAAAGGUGCACUAUAGAAAAAUGCAUUUUCUUAUUCAUGCUGUUUCUUGAUAUGUUUUUAAUGUUUCACUAGCUUAAAUGUUUGUUUGGUUUGUCCUGAUGAAACACCAAAGUGCAAAGUUCAGGUAGAAUUUGUUCAACCACUGCUUGUCCCAAGGUGACCCGAAAUGAAUAAAGUGCAAUUUCAGGUCACUUUAGGACCUUUUUAAGAUAGUUUGUACUUUGAUAUAUAAGGCAUGUGUCAAUAUAAUAUUGUUCUUGCUUAAGUAAUAUUUGUUUGUAGGUCAUUACAUUAUACUGAUAUAGUAUUUUGCUAUUCAUUAUUGCAAUGUAAUCACAAAUCAUCAAACUGUUGGUUAUUUUAAGCCACUGGUUUUGAAUCAUGACGGGUUUCAUUUUGGGUAAAAGUGAACAAACGGAGCAGCCUUUUUGUCCAAACCAUGAACGGUGUAUACUUUCUUUAUGUUGAUUAUAUAAAAAAAUACUUGUAAAUAAUUCUAGACAAGUGAAAGGAAAGUCUUAUAUUUCAGAGCUUUACAGAACUUUAAUUAAACUGCUGUCUUAA